AUGGAUCACGGAGGCGGCCACGGUGGACACGGCGGUCACAGCGGGGGUGACAUGCCCAUGUGCUCAAGAUGCCCCCGAGCUUUGUAUCUGACGUCCAGCGUUGCCAUCGUCGGCAUCACGAUCGGUUAUGCCAGCCUUCUCGCCCGUAUGAAGAACUACGAGCGUCGCCUGAUCAAGACCCUUGCGGCCAACCCGCAUCCUGCGGCGUACUCGUCUAUCCAGGAGACGGCGGGCGGCGCGCCCGUCAAGGAGGAAGUCAUCCGUCUUCCCUCCUCUGUCCGCAUCAUCCGCGCGGGAUACUGCGCCAUCACAGUGGCCAUUUCGUACUUCGUCAUCGCCGCCGGGCAGGCCGUGGCCAGUGCCGGAGCCGUACCUGACAUUGGCUUUUGCCGAUCUCUCAACGUCAUAACGGAGCUGAGCAGGGGCUGGGCCAUGCGGCGAUCGAUCGAUAACUUUUCUCCCUCAUUCACUCUCUCCACAACAACCGCACACGCCGCGCUCGUCGUCUCCAAGUACAUGCUCACCACGAUGUUUGCCCGGCCACGGGCAGGCAUCCACGUCUCGCUGCGACCGCUCCACACAACAGCCCGCAUCGGCUACCCACGGUCACCUCCACCUUCGAGCUGUCCUCUGACGAAAGGCGGAUCGUCUUCCUCGUCUUCCUCGUCGGAUCAGAAGUCCGCCAAAAAGCAAAAGCGUCACAAAUGGGGCGAACGUCUCGGCGUUCUCUUCGCUGUCGGCGUCGUCGUGUACAUUGCGGACCGCGAGCUGAAUGCCUCAGCGCUGACGAGGAGUCUCAGGACGGGAUACAUUGGACAAACUCAACUUCUCUCCCUCAAAGGCGGACGAGAUCGAGUCGCUGCACGAACGAGUGGCAAACCGCCUGCGAUGGGUCCUGCAUUGCGAGUAUCUCAGCUGACAUCAGGUCUUCAAGCGGGCCUUCUACCGAAGCCUUACCGAGCAGCGUUCUCGCAUGUCUUCGACAAUGCCCCGUCGGUUCCUUACGAGGAAGUUUGCAAAGUGUUCAAGGAGGAUCUCGGCCUUCUGCCUACAGACAUGUUCGAGCACUUCUCUCCAGAGGCGCUCGCGUCAGCAAGUAUUGCGCAAGUGCACAAGGCUACUCUGAAGACUGAGCACGGCAAUCCAGACCAGGUCGUUGCCGUGAAGGUCCAGAAGCCUGCCAUAUCGAAACAGAUGGGAUGGGACCUCUUCAGCUACAAAGAGCUUUCGAUCUGCCCAAUGAAACUGGAGACCUCUUUCUCUCAUGAGGCAGCCAACGCUCGAAAGUGCGCAGAGCUUCUGGCUCGGACACCAGAACUAAAGGACGAUAUCUACGUCCCCAAGGUGUAUGGUAGGCAGGAGGGAUAUCCGGAAAGUGACCGCAUCUUGGUUAUGGAAUGGGUCGACGGCUGCCGGCUCACGGAUAAAAAGCAACUCGAGGCAUGGGGUCUUAAUCUUCGCGAGGUCAUGGACCUCGCCAUUGCCCUGAACGGUGCCAUGACAUUCUCGUGGGGAUUCAUCCACUGUGACCCGCAUCCUGGUAACAUCCUGGUCCGGCCGCACCCCUGGAAGAAGGGAAAGCCGCAGCUGGUGAGCUUCAGGAGAGAAGUUCCGGGAAGACUACUCGACGCUCUGGCGUUCCCUCUUCGUUCAGGACGUGCCGAAGGUCGAAGCCAUCGCGAAGAAGUGGGGCAUCGGGUUGGAUCCCAACAUAUUCAAAAAGUGGACAAGGUCGAACAGACCGAGAAGUCGGCAUACGAGCUUCAGGUGGCUGCGAAGGCACAGCUGAAAGCUCUGCUGGAGAGCGAGCAGCUUAUACCCCGCCUCUCCUCAUCUUCCCCAGCUGAUCAUCAGACUCUAGGUUCGCCUUCUUCCCGUGUAAACAUCACUGCUCAGUGGGCCGCGAGGGGAUACGCGAACGGGCUAUCGGGCUCUCGGUCUCUGAGUAACGUUGGCCUACGCCCUUGGCUGCACGAUAGGUGGGAGAUGGCCAAGUUCCAAGUGACAAUGUGGGUCAUCGACCUUGCCUUCAUAUGGUCGAAGGUUGUGUCUUGGUUCCGCCCGCAGGGACCUGACUGGGAGGGCCGGCUGCAGAAGCAGAUGGAGCAGCUGGCGAAGAACGAGUUCGGACUCGAGAUCGACGACAGCGCGUUCCUCGGGUAG